AUGGUGUCUUCCGUAUUGGACCACCUACUAGAGGAUAUUCUCGCGCAAAAGGAGAAGAAACACCGGGAACUCGUGGCCAUCUCUGUGGACUCAUGUCUCGGCGAUGCUCUGAAGCUAUUACGACGACAUAAUAUACUCGCUCUCCCCGUCUAUGGUCAAAAAGGUCAUUGGCUAGGCGUCGGUGGCGAUACUGACGCUAUUGACGGUGACAAGCACUACAUUGGUCUCCUUUCUAUCUUGGACAUUACCAUCUACCUCACAAACCUUGCGAUGGAGGUCGAUGCUGCCAAACCAAACUCACCUGUCGACGCUCCAAGACCACACGCGCACGGAAUGGACACUCUGGACUCGGUAUCUGUACGCACCCUUCUUGGCAAAUCCCCAGAAUCUCAGACGCUUUGGAUUGCUAAACCGGGUGACAAGCUCUCGGCGUGCAUAGAACCACUAUCCAAAGGUGUACAUCGUCUGCUAGUCCCACAACCUAUUGGCGAAUCAGCUGGCUUCCAUCUUAUUACGCAAAGCGACAUUAUCAGAUACAUAUUGUCAAUCCUGAACGAGGAUCCAAAUCUAAGAGCCAAAGCUUCAACGUCGCUUGCUGUGCUCGGUCUUGCACCUGACGGUGCCGACAAACGAGUCUUGACUGUAGACAAGGAUGUCUCACUACUUGCGGCUCUAAAAGGAAUGAGUGAUUGGGGUAUCAAUGCCAUUCCUGUUGUCAAUGAGGCCAAGAAUGGUGUUCUGACUGGAACGCUCUCCAUCUCUGACUUAAGACAAGUGCCAGCUCGAACCGAUAUAUUCGAGCUCUUGUCAGAAAUGAAGAAGCUUACAGUCGCGCAGUUCCUCGAUCGGGUCAAAAUUGGUGGUGAAUACAGUGGUGGUGACAUUCAUCAUGUGCAUCGUAUUUGGAUUGUCAAUGAUGCGAGGGUGCCUAUUGGGAUUGUCACGUUGACAGAUAUUAUUCAUGCGAUAUUGGAACUAGGCAAGUAA